AUGACUGAUUAAAAACCAAUUCCACUUGAUAAAUUAAAUCCAUAAUAACUUACUGAAGUUAAAAGAAGUUUAGAAGAAGAAAUACAAGUUUUAAAUUAAUCUCUAAAUUAAUUUAAAGUAGCAAUUAGUAAAUACGAAGAAUCAAAACAAAUUAUAAAAACUUUAGAAAAUGCUUAAUAAGAUUAAGAAUUACUUGUUCCAAUUUCGAGUAGUUUAUAUGUUCCAGGAAGUUUAUAAAAUGAUGGAAAAGUAAUAAUCGAUUACGGAACUGGAUAUUAUGUUGAAAGAAAUUUAGUUUAAGCACAUUAAUUUUGUAAUAGAAAAUUAGAAAUGAUUAGGGAUAGUUAAGAGAAGCUUACAACCUUAAUUUCUUAAAAAGCUAACUUUUUAGAUAAAAUUAAUUUUGAAAUAUAGAAAAAAUAUGCUUUAUAUCAAUAAGAAAUGUAAAAAAAAUAAUGA